GCCCACCCCUACUUUCAAGUGCUUUUCUCUUACCAGAGGAUAUUUUUCUUUUGAAAUUCGUUACCUUUCAACGCUUGUUUGCCCUCUCUUGCGAAUAUCUAAUACUCCCUCCGGUUUUUAAUAAACUUCACACUUUCCUUUUUGGGACGGUCUAAAAUAAACUUCACACUUCCUUAUUUCCUUUUUUGGCAAAGAAAUCUAUAUCAAACAGUGUCAAACAGUGUCUCAACAGUGCCAAACAGUGUCUCUAUAGUGCCAAACAGUGCCUCAACAGUGUACUCUACAGUAAAGUCAAAUUUCUUUCCUUAUUUUGUGUGAAGUCAAAGUGUGAAGAUUAAAUAAAAACGGAGGGAGUAGCAUUUCUCCCAAGAUACAAUUUCAUUUCAGGUGAAAACUGAAAUUCUGAUGCUUUUUACCUCAGGCUUUAUUGAAUUUCCUUUCAUCUUGAAUUGAUUUUUACCGCCGCUGCUCAUUUUCCUGCUCGAUUCAAGAAAGUAUUUGUGCAGAUCAAUCUCCAUGCGAUUUUAAGUUUUAAGUCCAGUUUGCUUUCUUUUCCUUUAUAUUCUUCUCCAUUUUUUCGUUCAGGGAUUAUUUAAAUAUUGAAUUGAAUGGAUGAGCCCAGUAGUUCCUCUGCAGUUCCUUAUCGAGGCUGGAGAAAAGCUGUGUACCAGUUUACGCAACAAAAUCUCCCAGCCUGUAAACCUGUUUUAACACCGGCAUGGGUUAUUUCAACAUUUUUCAUCAUAGGAUUCAUCUUUAUUCCCAUGGGGCUUUUCUUCCUUCAUACUUCACAAAGUGUUGUUGAAAUUGUUGAUGGGUAUGAUACUGAGUGUGUACCUGUACCAUUUAGAAACAGCAAAGUGGCAUAUAUCAAAGAUGACUCAGUUUCCAAAAAUUGUACCCGAUACUUGAAGGUUCCUAAGCACAUGAAGGCUCCAAUAUAUGUUUAUUAUCAGCUUGAUAACUACUAUCAAAACCACAGAAGGAAAAUGCUUGAAGGGAAGUGUUUCUAGGCUUGCAGGGAUCAUUCCUGGAGAAAAUUGCACCCUGAAACUCAGCGUACAGGCUAAGCGAGAGUUGAGCAAUCCUGAAAGUUCGCGCAACUCCUUCGGAACGAAGAACAGGAACGCGCAACUACACUCCUGCGCGAUUUCGAGUAUCGCGCAACUCUUCCUGCGCGAACUUGGACUUGCACCUUUAUUUUCACAGGUUGAGCGAUCCCAACAUAGCGCAAAAACAGCUCCUGCGCGAUCUGAACUUCGCGCAACAUACCUGCCCGAUCUCAAACUUGAGCGAUCUCUACACUUGAGCGAUCCUCUUGUUGCGCGAUUUGGAGGCUGAGCGAUUUGGACUUAGGAUUUUUUGUUGUUGAGCAAUCUUUUAGCAAGUUGAGCGAUCCUUUGAGAGUUGAGCGAUCUUUUGUAAAAGUUGAGCGAUCUUUAUAAAGUUGAGCGAUCUUUGUAAAGUUGAGCGAUCUUUUGUAAAGUUGAGCAAUCUUUUGUAAAAGUUG